AUGAUUUCAGCACAAGAGUUCACAUACAGCAUUCCAUCACUGUCUCUGGGAGUCCUCGUGAUCAGUACCAUUGCCUGGGUCAUCUGGAACGUGCUACUUUACCCCAAAGUUUUCAGUCCCCUCAGAAGAUUCCCAGGCCCAAAAGAUAGCCAUUUCUUCCACGGGCAGUUAUGGAGAAUCCUGUCUGAGCCCGUUGGCAGCCCAAUGAGAGAAUGGAUCAAUACGAUUCCAAACGAUGGGAUUAUCCGGUUCACCACUGUAUUCAACCAGGAACGCCUUAUCCUGACGAGCCCUGAGGCGCUAUCCGAUGCUCUGGUUACUCACAAUUAUGACUGGGAUAAGCCGGAACAGAUGAAGAAGGGACUUGGGCGCAUUGUGGGUCAGGGUGUUCUGCUGGCGUCAGGGAAUGUGCACAAGAGACAAAGAAAGCACCUCUUACCCGCGUUCUCCUUCCGGCACAUCAAGACUCUAUACCCUAUCUUUUGGGAAAAGUCUUGUGAAAUGGUCGAAGCCAUCACGAAGGAUACCACCAAUGCCGACAAUACAAGCACUGAAACUUCAAUCUCAAUCACUGACUGGCUUCGUCGCGCCACCUUAGACAUCAUUGGUCUUGCGGGCUUCGGACAGGAUUUCGAUGCUCUGGGCACGCCACACUCAGAGCUCAACAAUAUUUACGAGAAGGUGUUCGACCAGCCUCAAAAUGAGAAUGUGAUGAAAGCUAUUGAAACACUUGAGAAUAUCUUUCCUGUUGCCUGGCUAGGGAGCCUUCCGCUGCAGCACAACCGCGACGUUAAAAAAGCGUCUAUGGCCAUUCGCCAGGCGGCCCGGAUGGUCAUCCGUAGCCAGGAGCAGUUCAAAACGAAGACAACAUCUAGUAUUCUCUCUGGAAAUAGCCUUCUCUCGAUUGCGUCGCGUUCGGAAUACUUCAGUGAGGAUAAUCUCAUCGACCAGGUCAUGACUUUCCUCGCUGCUGGUCAUGAAACUGUCUCUACAGUCACGGGUUGGGCGUUAGUGGCCUUAUGCCGUCGACCCGUUAUCCAGGAAAGACUGCGGAAGGAGAUUAGAUCUCAACUACCCUCUCCAAGCCAAGGCACAUCUACAUUCAGUGCUGAGAUUCUGGAUGCGCUUCCAUAUCUCCAUGCCGUCUGUAAUGAGGUGUUAAGAUUCUAUCCUCCUGUUCCCCUUACUCGCCGUGUAUGCGUCCGAGAUACGACCAUCCAAGGGGAACCGGUUCCCAAAGGAACAAAUAUCCUAAUUGUUCCUGCUGCGCUGAAUGUGUCCAAGAAGCUGUGGGGUGAGGACGCAUUAGAGUUCAACCCUGACCGAUGGAUGGGUUCGGGGAAAAACAAUGGCGGUGCAUCAAGUAACUUUGCCAAUAUGACUUUUCUCCAUGGCCCUCGGUCAUGUAUUGGAGCAUCUUUCGCCAAAGCUGAAUUCGCAUGCUUAUUGGCUUCAAUUGUCGGGCGGUUUAACUUCAAGUUUAGUGAUCCCGAGUAUAAGUCGGAGGUCCUGUCUGCUGGCGUCACAGCAAGGCUGAAACAUGAGCUUCUCUUGACAGUCGAGGUGGUAGAAGGAUGGUGA